AUGGAGCUUUCAAUCACAAUUUUCAUGUCAUUUCUCUUAUGUACCAGUUUUGUCAAUGGUCAAUACAAUGCGAUAUUCAGUUUCGGCGACUCUUAUACUGAUACAGGAAAUCUGCGCAUUUUGGCGGGGAAGACGAAAAAUCCUCCGUACGACACUCCGUACGGCAUGACCUACUUUCAUCAUUCUACCGGCCGGGCCUCCGAUGGGCGUCUCGUCAUAGAUUUCAUUGCCCAGAAUUUCGGACUCCCUCUUGUUCCUCCAUCCUUAUCGAACCAGGACUUCAAAAAAGGCGCAAAUUUCGCCGUCAUCGCCGCGACGGCGAUGGAUCCGGCAUUUUUUAAAUCCAUUAACAUCACAGGCACUUCUCCUUUCUCCCUCAAUGUGCAACUCGGCUGGUUCGACAAGUUGAAGCCCUCCCUCUGCAGCUCGGAACAAGAGUGCCAAAACUACUUCAAAAACUCGCUCUUCUUCGUGGGAGAGCUCGGAGGAAACGACUACAACGCUAUCAUGUACUCUAACAGAAAUGUGGAUGAAAUUAAAGCCCUUUCGCCCCAGAUCGUGGGAACCAUUAUUGGGGCUGCUGAGAAACUAAUCAACGAAGGGGCGGGGACAUUGGUGGUGCCGGGGAUUUUGCCGACGGGCUGCAUUCCGAUCGUGCUAUCGCAGGCGCACAACGCUCCCAAAGAAGAAUUCGACCCGAAAACAGGCUGCCUCAUCAAGCCGAACGAUUUCAGCAGCUACCACAACAACCUACUGCACCAGGCCGUGCAGCAGCUGCAAAGCAAGUACCCGCAGGCGAAGCUCAUCUACGCCGAGUAUUUCGAGGCCGUCGUCGACUUUAUUCUUGAUCCGAUAGGACACGGGUUUACAAAUGGUCAUGGCGCCCUUCAAGUGUGCUGUGGCGGCGGCGGCCCCUACAACUACAAUUCGAGCGCGGGCUGCGGUUCGCCUGGCUCGACUGUGGGUGAUCCUGCAACUUACGCAAACUGGGACGGAAUCCACUUAACUGAAGCUGCAUUUCAGCAGGUCGCGAAUGGGUGGCUACAUGGUCCCUACGCUUCUCCUCCUAUAGUUAGUUAAACAAGGAUUAAAUUCACAGUU